CUUGGGUGAGAAUCGGAGCGACGGUGGCGGUGCGGUGGCGGCGCCCUGUGUCACUCGCCGAAUCCAUCCGCCUGUGGAUCGAGCCAGCCAAGGGCGGUGCUGAUUGAUCGGGCCAGGCAACCCCUUCGUCCCUCUGCCCUCGACAUAUCACAAUCUGCAGCCGCCAGCCGAAUAGACAUCCACAGCGAACCUCGCCCACCAGCAGCCGCAGCACAACCGACAGCAAUGGACGACCAUUUGGCAAUCGUGUAUAUGACCCCGGAGGUCCAGACGACCUGCCUGACAUACGGACUCUGCACAGAGAAGGAAGAGACCCUCGUGCUUCUGGCGGGCUAUUUUGGAUACGAAAACUUCCAAACUAUCGCCCAUGUCACCCGCAGCAUCGUCACUACCCGGAAAGACAAGUCCAAGGAUCGAGUGGAGGUGGAUCCCGAGCAGAUGAGUCUUGCGAUGACCGAGGCCGACUCUGCUGGACUGAAUCUCGUUGGAUGGGCUCACUCACACCCACAUAUCACGGUCAACCCAAGCCAUGUUGAUCUAAGGACCCAGUUCAACAUGCAGACGCUGGACCCACGGUUCUUUGGCAUCAUUGUCUCAUGCUUCAACAACGACGCCGGCACCCAGCGAUUCCAAGUAACAUGCUUCCAGACCAUCGAGACUGAACACGGACAAAUCGAACGGGUCGUCCCUCUCCUGAUCCGGCCUGCAAACCCUGGACUCCUGGUGACAGACGGCUUGACGCAGGUCCAGGCGAUUCCCCGACAGCUUUUCAAAGAGGAGGCCGAGGGCUUUGACAACCGCCAAUGCGGCCCAACCACCGGGCUGGCCGCACACCUAUGUGCAGGCAUCCACACCCACACGCUCUCGAAUCUGGUCGACAAGAUGACGGGCCCGAUGCUGACGCAUCUCAAGAUUCGAUACGAUACCAAUAUGAAGCAGAUCGAGAUGCUGGACAAGCGGCGUGGAACCAGAUCCAGCAUCUAGUCCUCGAUCCGCCACGGCCCACAUGAUGCGCAUAUUGUGCCCCGCUACCUUACAGUCAAUCCAUUCACCGCUGGCACUCCGAGACCCGUGUCCGUGUCGAUUAUGGAUACCGGAGAGCGACCCAAUGUCUUCACUCGGAGGUGAUUUGUUGAAUUGCAUGUGGCUCUGCUUGACGCAAGUUCAUCACA